UCCAUUGCCUCCACCGACUCCUUCGCGCCCUACAACGCCUCAACCUCCACCUAUGCCAGCCUUUCCUCCAACCUGACACCGACCCCCAACGCAGUACGCAGUAUUUCGCUCCAGCCUCCAAUGCAGACCAGUUUCGGUGGCACAACAGUCACCUACGGAGGACCCUCUAACGAGACAUCUUCCGGUCGAGAUGAGUGCACCUUCCCCAUGGAGAGGCGGUAUACCCCCCAACCGGGAGGUCAGACAACCUACACAGAAACUUCUCCGGAUGGUCAUUUCCUUCGUACUGUCGUUCUCCAGAAGGGCAGAGACGGAUUUGGGUUCACGCUAAAUGGCGUUCCCAAGGUCGCCCUGGGCAGGAACGGUCUCCAUAGGAAGGGCUUUCCCGGCAAUCACUAUUUUCCAACGAUACUUCCCGGUGGACCGGCUGCCAAAGCUGGCAUCAAGCCUGGUGAUUACGUCAUAGAGAUUAAUGGCCAUAGUGUGAUUGAUGCUUGUCACGAGGAUGCUGUUCAGUGGAUACACGAUGCCGGUGAUACGCUCGCUAUGCGAGUAGUAACCUUAAACAAUCGCAGGGCCGACCCCUACGAAGAAAAUUCAGAAUCAGAUGCUUCUAGCAGUCGAUCAAGCACACUCCCGAGAAGUCUAAAUGGAUCCUCCUCAUCGAGCACUAUCUACGAUAAGCGUUCACGCAGCCACGUCAGGCUUGACGAUAGAUCAAGCAGACGCAGGGGUCGAUCCAUGCAGCCAACUACCUCCGACCGAGAUAAGGUUUGGACGAGCCGACCAUCUCCCGCUACUCAGAGCAAGGAGCGGGUUUUCAUCAUCCAGGAUAUUGACGGAAAGGUUAGAAGUCUAACUUGA